GAUAACCACGCCAUCUUUGAAGUAAUGGUGGAGCCGUCGGGAAACACUAUUUUUACCAAGUUGCAAGCGGGCAAAAAACCUCGCCAGACCCUUUUCAUUUCGUCGUCACAACGGAAAUUACAAAAAGUUGACUUUGGCUAUGUGGAGUGGUCGAUUUACAGCAGAGCCACAUGAGUUGCUUACAAAAUUUUCAGAGUCAGUAUCAUUCGACUGGAGACUUUAUCGUCAUGACAUAGCUGCUAGCAUAGCACACGCCAGGAUGUUGGGAAAGCAAGGGAUCGUUCCCAAAGAAGAAGUUGAACAGAUAGAGGAAGGACUGGAGAAUAUUAGAAAACGCAUAGAUGAAGGAAGCUUUGAGUUCUCAACAAAAUUAGAAGAUAUCCAUAUGAACAUUGAGAAGGCUCUUACUGAUUUGAUCGGAGAAGCUGGUGCUCGGUUACAUUCUGGAAGAAGUCGAAAUGACCAAAUUGCUACCGACAUUCGUUUAUUCGUAAGAGAGGAGAUUGACCAAAUAAGUUUGUUGGUGGAAGGGGUACAGAAAGAACUGGUAAAGCUUUCUGCCGAACAUACGGAAACUAUAUUUCCAGGAUAUACUCACUUGCAACAUGCCCAACCUGUCAUUUUUGCUCAUCAUCUUUUGGCGUAUGUUGAAAUGUUUGAAAGAGACAAAGAGAGACUUUCCGAUUGUAAGAAGAGACUCAAUAUUUUGCCGCUUGGUUCGGCUGCCCUCGCUGGAACUACUUUGCCUUUAGACAGAGAAUAUGUUGCCAAGAUUUUGGGCUUUGAUGAUAUUUCUAGAAACAGUAUGGACGCCGUGAGUGACAGAGACUUUAUAUUGGAGUUUUUGUCGUGCAUCGGUAUCAUGUCUAUGCACAUUUCGAGAUUCUCAGAGGAUGUUAUAUUUUGGUUCUCACAGGAAGUGUCAUUUAUUGAAAUUGGAGACCAGUUUUGUACAGGCAGUAGUCUAAUGCCUCAAAAGAAGAACCCUGACAUCUUGGAAUUGGCAAGAGGAAGAUCUGGACAGAUAAUCGGAAGUCUAGUCUCACUUUUAGUCGUCAUGAAAGGACUUCCUCUGUGUUAUAAUCGCGAUAUUCAAGAAGAUAAGAUACCUUUGAUGAAUUCUAUCGACGUUAUAAAGGGAGUAUUAGCAGUUGUGGCUCCAAUGAUUUCUUCCAUCACUGCUAACCAAUCCAAGAUGCUUGCUGCAGCCAGUGAUCCUGCAUUAAUGGCAACCGAUUUGGCUGAGUGGCUUGUGAGAAGGAAUGUUCCAUUUCGUCUUGCACAUCAUCGGGUUGGAAAAUUGGUUGGUUAUUGUAGGGAACGCAACAUUCCGUUGAACCAAUGUUCUUUCGAAGAACUAAAGUCAUGUAUUCCUGAGGCAGAUGAGACUUGUUUGGAACUUUGGGAUCCGAAGAAAAGUGUUUCAUCCAGGGAUAUCUUUGGUGGAACUGCGCCCAAUCGCAUACGGCAACAGUUAGAAUUUUGGAAUUCAAAGGAGUUCAUGAGGGAACAUUGAACACUUCGUAUGGUCAUAAACAGACAAGCCAUUCUCUACAAAAUUUACAAGUCAAAUAAG